UGAAGACACCCACAUACGGCGUCAUGGAUGUCCACAUGCAUGGCUCCGAUCCUGAAGCCGGAGUGCCAGUCCUCAGCGACGGCACGGACAGCGCGCAUCUGCGUCCGCAGGAUGCAAUUGGACACGCUGAGUUGGCAAACCGCGGCGAGGCAGGUGCGGCAUCGGCUUCGGUGUCCCCUCACGCAGCGGGUCUGCGGGAACCGUUGUUGCCCAGUGCCUCCAACGAUGACAUGGAUUCGGGGAACGAGGCGCCCUCUGGAGAGCUGCGACGCAGGGCGCUGCAGAGGAUGACGUGGCGCCGCACCAGCCCCUUCUCCUGCGAGCUGCUCACCGACUGUGUGGUGCCCUGUACAAAGGUGGAUUUCUUCCAGCGGUACAAGCUGCGUGGGAGCCCCGAGCUCUUUAGGAUUGAAGAGGCAGCUGGGAAGCGCAAGCCCCGGGAAGUCCAGGAGAUCUUGCAGUCCCUGGUGCCGCAGCAGGGCGACACCGUGGACUUUUGGGAGGCCACCUACGUGCCGUUCCCCAACACCAAGAUCAAGAUCCACGCCGCGCACCUGGCGGCCAGCCUGGGCAGCAAGGAGGUCUUGGAGUGGCUCCAGGAGCAUUGCUCUCCAGACGUGCUGUGCUACCAGUCCAUCAUUGAAACCACCAAGGAGGACAAUGGGCGCAAGCAAUCUGAGUGCAAGAUGCACUAUACGCCACUCCUGGCGGCCUUGUUUAUGAGCCAAGUGGAGACGGCGAUUUGGAUCGUGGAGAAGGCCCCAGCCACCGCCACCAUCCCCAACGCCGACGGCAUGUCGCCGCUGCAUAUCAUCGCUUGGACGGGCCUUCCCUCGAUUCCGGAGGAGACCCGCUUUUCGGCGCUGGAGCGAAUAGCGACCACUUUGGUCGCGAGCAAAGCUGACUUGCUGCAGACAGUGAGCAGUUUAAAGCAGCGCAAGGAUGACUUUGCAUCCCGGGUUCGGAACAAGACCGCGCUGGAGAUUGCAGUUGGUCCAAAGUCCUCGUUUCCGAAGCAGAUGCUCCACUUGCUGACGCAGUCCUAUCACUUCCCGACCAAAAGUCGGCUUUUCAUCGAGGUCAACUUGAUUGCGAAGGCGAACCCCUAUGCGGCUGUGCAGCUCCUCGGCAAGAUCCAGGAGCGGGCGCCGAACCAAGUGCAAGAGAGCCUCCGCGCGGAAGUGAUGAGCUACGUGCGGGACGCCAGCUCUGAUCGCCACAUGAAGAUGUUUGUGGAGACUCUAAAGAUGUCCCCCAUCGCCGGGGCGAAUCUGCUGGGCUUGUUGGUGGGGGAGCCGCGGGUGGUCGACCCGCAGAGAUACGACCUGCCACUCUACACAGUGCUGCCCAAUCGCGAGAUGAUUUGCACCUACCAGCCGGUUGAGGGCGGCACAGACGACCAGCCCAUUUGGAAGAACAUCGGCACUGAGGCGGAGCCACGGCCAGUGUGGCACCGUGAGUUCCGAAGGGACCUUCCCAGUGACCCGCUCCUGCACACAGAUGUCUACGAGGUUAAGGUCAAGGUCUUGUACCUCCCUGGCAUCCUGAAUUUGAAGGUGGUCAGCAUCCUCUCCCUGGUGUGGAACAACUGGGACAACAUGAAGGUCUUCUCCAAGAUGCCCAUCCGAGCAGUCAUUGCAGGCAUGUGGCAUCGCCACGUGGACUUGUGGCGUUUCUGCAUGUUCUGGCUGUUCUUGCUGCCGCUUGGCAUUGAAAGCAACAAG